CGUACGCCUUCCAACUCUCGCAAGUUACGAGCUCCGAUUCCCUUGCAGCGUUGUCUAUCUCUCGUGUUUCUCUCUCCGUUUUCCACUUUCACAAAGGUUUGAGAAUCUUGGUCUAGAAUGUCGUCCGUGGCACAAGAUUUGUCUGUGAAUGGCGUGGAGGUAAAGAAAUCUGAGACUACUUCCAUUCCAGUUUCAAUGAAUACGAAUAGUGGAACUACUAAACCAGAGAAUGGCAAUGCCUCAAAGCCAUUCAAGAUUUUCAUAGGCUAUGAUCCCCGUGAAGAUGUUGCUUAUGAGGUCUGCUGCCAUUCCCUUUUGAAAAGAUCUUCAAUCCCCAUUGAAAUCCACCCCAUUAAACAAUCUGAGUUGAGGCAGAAGGGCCUUUAUUGGCGUGAGAGAGGGAAACUGGAGAGCACUGAGUUUUCCUUUUCGCGGUUCUUGACCCCUUACCUUGCCAAUUAUGAGGGUUGGGCCAUGUUUGUGGAUUGUGAUUUCCUCUACUUGGGUGACAUUAAGGAAUUGAGGGAUUUGGUUGAUGAUAAGUAUGCUGUAAUGUGUGUACAACAUGAUUAUGCUCCAAAGGAGACCACAAAAAUGGAUGGGGCAGUGCAAACAGUUUAUCCGAGGAAGAACUGGUCAUCCAUGGUUCUCUACAAUUGUGGACAUCCCAAGAAUAAGGUGCUAACCCCUGAGGUGGUGAAUUCUGAGUCUGGUGCAUUUCUUCAUAGGUUCAUGUGGUUAGAAGAUCACGAGAUCGGAGAUGUCCCUUUCGUAUGGAAUUUCCUUGUAGGGCACAAUCGGGUUGUUGAGGGCAAUCCUUAUACUCUUCCCAAGGCAAUCCACUAUACCCUUGGGGGACCCUGGUUUGAGGCAUGGAAGGACUGUGACUUUGGGGACUUGUGGUUGAAGGAGUUGGAGGAAUACAAGAAAACAGAGAAGAAGGUAGAUUAGACAUUGUUUUGGUUGUGCUCUCUGGCUGGCUGGCUAGAGGUAAUUCAUCAAAUGGUGAUACUAUUUGCUGUGUUGGUGCUUUGUGCUUUGGUAUAUUGAUGGAGUAUUCAUUUUAUUUCAUUUAGAAAUUGUUCAACGUGGGAUGCAAUUCAAUUGAUUCCAAAAUUUGACUCUGUAAUCUCACCUCUGGCAAUAUAGCAUAUGUUGUAGUUUUUCACAAUUGUCCAUGGCUUUGCAGACGAGCCAUGUUGAUGUAAUAGUAUUGUAUUGUUCCACAUAGUAUGUCUUCUAUGUUGAAGAGGAAUUAGAUAUUGUGGCUAGUUUUAUCUGGGAAUUCUUUUAUUCUUCAUGUCCUAUUUUAGGCUAAUUAACUAUUGCUGGUUAUGAUAUUAUGUUGAUGUCUUUUA